UCGAACCUCUCUUUCUCUUUCGAUCAAAAAAAAAAAAGAGGACCUCUCUUUCUCUCUCUCUCUCUAGGAGGAGCUCGCGCAAACUCUUCAAUGGCGUCCAUUUGCAUGAAUCUUCACAUUUUUCCGGCCAGCGGCGGCGGCGGCGGAGCCAGCUUCAAGCGCCGCUUCUCGUCGUUAAAGCCUUCGGCGUCUUCGGCCGCCGCUGUCAGGCCCAUCACCUGCGCCGAGUCCACUCGGAGACACCUCGCCAACCUCGACCGCGUCCUCCAGAAGGAAUCUCCGCCGGCCUUAUCGCGCCCGCAAGGGCCGCAGGAGCCGGCUCGCGAGCCAGAUUCUGGGGUCGGCGCGCCGUCGCCGUCGUCGUCGAAGAAAAGGGGCAGAGGGCUGCUGGAGCGCUUGAACUUGGGUCGAAUCUGGCCCGAGAUUAAGGCGGCGGCGGAGGAGAUGUCCCCGCGCCGCCUCAGCACCCUCCGGCGGCUUCUGUCGAGGACCCCGGAGUAUUCCCCGAGGAACGGCCUCGGCAGCCGGUGGCGGCAGUACCACGGCUGCGGCGACUGGGUGGGCCUGCUCGAUCCGCUCGACGAGAACCUCCGGCGGGAGGUGAUUCGGUACGGUGAGCUCGUGCAGGUGGCCUACCACGCGUUCCACUCGAACCCCGCCAUGCCGACGGAGGAGGCGCCGAUGCCCCACCACGUGGCGCUGCCGGACAAGUCUUAUCAGGUGACGAAGAGCCUGUACGCCACUUCGGCGGUCGGGCUCCCCAAGUGGGUGGACGAUGUGGCUCCGGACCUCGGCUGGAUGACGCAGCGGUCGAGCUGGAUCGGUUACGUCGCGGUGUGCGACGACCGGAGGGAGAUCCAGCGGAUGGGGCGGAGGGACAUCGUGAUCUCCCUGCGAGGGACCUCGACGUGCCUCGAGUGGGCCGAGAACUUCCGGACGAAGCUGGUGCCGAUGUCGAGCGCCGACGACCCGGAAUCCAAGGUCGGAUCCGGGUUCUUGAGCUUGUUCAAGACCGGCGGAGCUCACGUGCCGAGCUUGGCGGAGUCGGUCAUCGAGGAAGUUCAACGGCUCCUGGAGCUCUACAAGGGCGAGACGCUCAGCAUCACGAUCACGGGCCACAGCCUCGGCGCAGCACUAGCAUUAUUAGUAGCUGACGAGCUCACGACGCGCGUAGCGGAGCUGCCGUCGCUCGCCGUGUUCUCUUUCGGAGGACCUCGGGUCGGGAACAGCGCUUUCGCGGACCGAAUCCAUGCAAAGAACAUCAAGGUCCUGAGGAUCGUGAACGAUCAGGACCUGAUCACCAGAGUGCCCGGGAUAUUCCUAAGCGAGGAACUAGAGCGCAAGCUCAAGGACGCGGUUAACGGCGCGCUCGAAAACGGCCAAAUGCCGUGGGACUCCUACUCGCACGCCGGGACGGAGCUGCGCCUCGACACGAGGAAGUCGCCGUACCUGAAGCCGAACGCCGACAUCGCGUGCUGCCACGACCUCGAGGCGUACUUGCACCUGGUGGACGGGUUCCGGGCCUCGAAUUGCCCCUUCAGAGCGAACGCGAAGAGGAGUUUAGUGAAGCUGCUAAGCGAGCAAAGAACCAACGUGAAGAAGCUGUACACAAGCAAGGCCAAGGCCUUGUCUUUGAAUUUUGACAGGGAGGCAAUUAGACCUCCCCACAUGGCUAGCUGCUUGCAUAGCCCACUCAAUAAAGUCGCCUCUUGAUUUUCAGACA